CGACGAUCGACCCGCGUCGCAGCGUACGUGCCUCGCGGUGUGUCCCGGCCCAGCCGAGACACCCCGCAAUCCUCAACACAGUCCCUGAUCUGCAAUAGGAUACAAAGACGAGGCACCAGUAAAUAUGUCACCCCAGGCUGCUACAAAGCCUCUGAGAAAAGCAGGCAAAUUGGAGCACUACUUCUCGAUCUCCUCACGCCUGGGAGUCCAGCCUUGGGUGGUCGUCUCCGCGAAGUACCACAACGGCUCGGGUGCGCCGCUCGACGAGGCAACUCUCUUCGCCGCGCUGGACCGCGUUGUCCGCGGCCAGCCAGCCCUCGCAUCCCGCCUGGAGUACCCCUCCAAACAGCCUACAGCAGUGCCAGAAUGGGUCCUCCUGCCCUCGGUCAAUCUCGACGCGCUCGUCGAGUUCCGCGACGAGGAUGCAACGCAGCUGCAGGACAUUCUGGAGGCCAUGUACGCGGCCCCGCAGCUGUAUGCGGACAACGCUCCGCCAUGGAAGCUGUUUGCCCUGCGCGAUGGCACCAUCGCCUUUGCCUACGAGCACACCAUGGGCGAUGGGCAGAGCGGCAUGGCCUUCCACAUCUCGCUCCUCGACGCCUUACGGAGCCUUCCGGAGUCCCUUCCCGCACAUUCUGGGAUUGUCACCGACUUUGCUGACGGCGUUGUCCUCACUCCCGCGCUGGAGGGCGCCAUGGACGACUCCGUUCCGCUUACCGUCAUCCUUCGUGAGGUCGGCAAACUCGUCUGGCCUCCCGCAUGGCGCAAGGCCACGACUGCAUGGACCGGCAACAGCCGCCCCAAGAAGACCGUGUUCGGGACGUCCAUGCGCAUCGCGCACUACUCGCCGGAAGACGGCCAGUACCUCGUCGCGCUCUCCCGCGAGCACAAGGCCACGCUGACGGGAACGCUGCACACCAUCGCGCUGGUCACACUUUCGCGCCUCAUCCGCGCUCGCCCGGACGGGCACAAGUACAAGACGAUCUCGACAUUCAUCCCGAUUUCUCUACGACGAUACACACAUGCUUUACCUACCGCAAUUUGCAACCACGUCUCGUCCUUAAGGGACUACCAUCCCAUCUUCCAACGAGGCUCCAAGCCUGAGGGGUUGACCAUAGAGGCAAUGACGGCGGAGAACUUUCCUUGGGAGCUCGCGGCGGACCUAGCCGCUAUGUUGAAGCGCGCGGCGCCGUACGCGAUCUAUGAGGUGGGGAUGCUGAAAUUGCUGGGCAGGAAAUACGAGAAGCACAUCCGCGGGUUACUUGGCAAGAAGCGUACUGCCGGCUUCGAGCUCUCGAACCUCGGGCCCUUCCCCGCUGCGAAUCCGGACAAGUCAGAGGGGAUAUCCGCUCCUGGAAGCAAGUGGGACAUCGACGAGGUGUUGUUCGCGCAAGCGUGCCCCACACUGGGCGCUGCAUUCUUGCUGAACGUGGCUGGAACGCCCGCCGGGGGCUUCGGGGUGUCGGUGGCAUAUAGCAAGGAGACAGUGGAUGAGGUCUUUGCCAAGGAGUUCGUUAGUGCUUUCCAUGCUGGAGUGAGGGAACUGCUGUCGUCGCGGCCCGCACCUUAAAACUUUGACUGUUUCGU